UACAGCCCCCACAAUGCAUUGCGUUUGCAACAUGGAGUCUUACAUAGCUGCAUGACUUCUGUCAACAAAACUAAGACAGCAGCUGAAGGUAGAGAGGAGAGAGUAUAGCGGUGCGCUCAUAACAUAUCAUAUGUAACAUAUAGAGGGACAGGAGGAUGGAAGGGUUGCUCACAUUGAUAUUAAAACGAGUCCACAGAGCAGCAGUAGCUCACCUCCUCCUCCAGCAGCGGCUCAGCGGCCUGUCUCCUCUCCGGGAUCAGCCUCUCAUCGUCGGCUCCAGCCGGGAGCUCGAGAAGAGACUCGGCUCCCAGGUGGAGGUGAAGACGGCCUUCAUCACCGAGGAGGAGGAGGAGGCUUUCCUGCUGGAGCUGGAGCCAGGCCUGAAGAAGAAACGCUACGAGUACGACCACUGGGACGAUGCUAUUCACGGGUACCGAGAGACUGAGCGCGCGAGGUGGGGGCCGGCGUGUGAGGAGGUCUUGAAUCGUGUCCGGUCUGUAGCGUUCCCUGAAGGUAGUCCACUCCUCGGGCCUGUGCACAUUCUAGAUCUGGACAAGACCGGCUACAUCAAGCCUCACAUUGACAGCGUCAAGUUCUGUGGUUGCACCAUUGCUGGGUUGAGUCUCCUGUCAGACAGCAUCAUGCGCUUGGUGAAGGAGGAUGCUGCCGACGAAUGGCUGGACCUGCUGCUGCCCCGACGCUCCCUCUACAUACUGAGGGAUCAGGCCAGAUUUAACUUCACGCACCAGAUCCUGAAAGACGAGGAGUCGGUGUUCGGUGGACAGAGAGUGGCUCGGCUGCGUCGCAUCUCCGUCAUCUGUCGGAACCUUCCGGGCUAACGCUCAUGGAACAUGGACCUGGAUUUAGAGGAUUAUGUCAACGAUAUUAAAGCAGAUAUUAAGCCAGAUAACCAAGCUGUUUGGUUGAUAUACUGUUGUUAUACACAUCUAUGGAGAAGUGUCCAGGACAUUUAUGCAGUUGAGACUCUCCAUAUUGUUCUAUAGAGAAAUAUUGUAAGAGUAUUAAAAUGAACCAGCAUACUGGCUGUGAUGUGAUUACACUGUGUUCACAUUUUCAGGGAUCAUAAUCAACUGAUUAUUAUCAGACUCACGAGCUCACAAGUUUCAUUUGAAGGCACCAACUUCCACACAACCUUCCACAACGACGACGCCGUCUCGGCUGUAGUUUGAACAUCAUUUCAGUAACCACUCACUGCUGCAAAGGAUGUCAGCUUUAAAUGUAUAAAACAUUAUACAUCUAUAUGUUUGUUGUGAAGUGGAUAUUGUGGUAUUAAAGGUUUACGUGCAUGUAAUCUGAAUUCUAUCCCAUGCGCUGCAGUGUUAUAAAUACUUACAGCUGUUUCUUAAAGAUUACAUGUAAACCUUUAAUACCUUUAAUAUCCACCACAGUUUGAUUCUAAAUCCUGUUUUUAUGUAUUACCAUCACUUUGGUGUGUUCUUCUACUUCUGUAUAAUACAGAGACUCUUGGGAAUAAUUUCCAAAUAAAAUUAAAGUGAACUUGGA